AUGAGGCGGGAAGAGGAGGAAGAGGACGGAAACAGGAUGAAGGCAAAAGGGCCCUUGGAAGUGAAGGAGGGGGAGGAGAUCAGUGAGACGCGAGAACCGGCAGCCCCUUUUGCCGGUGCCACGCCCACCCCGAUGCCGCACAACAAGGGGACUCGGUUUUCUGAGGCCUGGGAAUAUUUCCACUUGGCCCCUGCCCGUGCCGGGCACCACCCCAACCAGUAUGCCACCUGCCGGCUGUGUGGCAGGCAGGUGAGCCGGGGCCCUGGGGUUAACGUGGGCACCACAGCCCUAUGGAAGCAUCUGAAAAGCAUGCACAAAGACGAGCUGGAGAAGAGCGGCCACGGUCAAGCUGGGCAGCGUCAGGACCCCAGGCCUCAGGGGUCGCCGCUCCCCACGGGUAUUGAGGGCGACUGGGCCAGGCUCCUGGAGCAGGUGGGGUCCCUGGCUUUAUGGGCCAGCCAAAGAGAAAAGGAACUUCUGAGGAGGGAGAGGGUGGUGGAAUGGCGGGAGCGGGCUGUGGAGAGGCGAGAACGAGCCCUGGAGGAGGUGGAAAGGGCCAUCCUGGAGAUGAGGCGGAAGGUGAGGGCUGAGAAGGAGGCCUGCCAGAGAGAGAAAGAUCAGCCCGGGACAGCUCACCCCUUUCAUUUUGUUUAA